AUGAUGAAUCCAUCAUCAUCUUCAUCGAUGGCGCCAUUAUUCUCUGAUUAUCAACAACGAAGUACCAAUUUACGUUCAAAAAUCUUAAAAAAUGAAGAACAACGUAUGCAACUUGAACAAAAAUUACGUUUAAUGUCAAAUAAUAAUUCACGUUCAUAUAAAAGCAAACAAAUUCAACAUAUACAAACUUAUUUUACACGUCUUAAUCAAGAAUCUCAACGAGCUGAACAACGUAAUUUACAAUUACUUAAUAAUUUAACACAAGCUCAACAACAUUUAGAUAAAUUACAUUUUGAUGCUGAAAAUUUAGUACGUUUAAAAAAUGAUUAUUUAAAUUAUUUAGAAUCACAUUAUCCAAAUUGGCAAAAACCAACAUUAACUCGAACAAGUACUAAUAUUAAUAGUAGUAAUGAAUAUGAUCGUUUAGGUCAACAUAUGAAACAACAUGAUCCAUUAGAAAGUGAUGGAAAUCUGCGACAAAGUGCACCCAUGGUUCGUCAAUCUUAUGAUGUUGAAUCCUCAAUGUUAUUUAAACGUUAUGAAGAUCAACUUAAAGUUGGUUUGGAACGUACAACAUCUCCAUCAACACCAAUUUUAAAUAAUGAAAUUAAAGAUCAACAACAACAACAACAACAAGAUGAACAAUCAGUAACAGAAUCAAAUGAAAUAGCUAAUCCAUUUUCACGUAUAAAACGUAAUGGUUCACUUCGAAUGGAAUUAACACGUACUGGUCUUUAUUUUUUACUUGAUUAUAUUGAAAAUGAAUUCAAAGAUACAAUAGAUAAAAAAAAAUUUUAUCGUUUUGAUCCACCAACAAUAACACAAAAACGAACUAUUAUUGAUAUAGGUAAUGAUGAACAAAAAUAUUCAUUAAAAGAUAUUGAUCCAACAACAACAUCAAUGGUUAUACUUGAUCAAUUACCAUCAACAAUACGUCGUACAACAAUAAAUAAAUGUUUAUUAACCGAUGAUAUACUUUCAUCAAAUAUAAAAGAUUUAGAUAAAGAUAUUAUAUCACAAAUGUUACCUGAACAAGAUCGUUCAUUAUGGUUAAGAUUAAUUGAACAUUUUUCACAAUUAUUAAAAUUACAUAUUAUGAAUUCACAAAUAUUAACUAAUAAAUUUGCAAUAGCAUUAUUACCAACAAAUGCUAUUUAUGCUCAUGAUAAAGCUAAAAGUCUUUUAAAACAUGUUAUUGAAAAAUAUGUUGGUACACACUCAUCAAGUUCAGAUGAUGAAACAUCAAUUGAUAGAAAACAACAACAACAACAACAACCUGUACAACAGAUUAUUCAAACAAAUACAGCAUCAUCAUCAUCAUCUGUAUGGUUAAAAAAAUUAGUAAAAGGUUCUAUGUUGGAUGAUGAUGAUGAAUCAACAACAUCAUCAUCAAUAACAAAAAAAAAUAAUCAAUUAUCGAGUUCAACAGCAACAACUGCAAAAGCAAAAUUUCAUAAAAAUGAUGAUGAUGAUGAUGGUGAAUUUUUCGAUUAG